AUGCCUGUCACCAACUUCACUCAUCCUGAUCCCUAUAUUUACCAAACUGGCUUCGACUCGUAUCACGAGACCGAGGCCAUCAAGGACGCCCUCCCCAUCGGCCAGAACUCUCCGCAGAAAGCGCCGUAUGGGCUGUACGCCGAGAAGCUCUCGGGGACGGCAUUUACAGCUCCCCGCCAUGAGAAUAAGCAAACAUGGGUCUACCGCAUUCUCCCUGCGGCUGCUCACGAGAACUUCGUCGCCGAAGAUGCCGAUUCGUAUCACACUAGGAUGACCACAGAGACCCACAAACUGCACCAUAUCCCCAACCAGUUGCGCUGGAAUCCUUUCGACUUGGAUGAGAAGGUCGACUGGGUUCAUGGUCUGCAUCUGGUAGCCGGAUCUGGAGACCCGACCAUGAAAAGUGGGUUGGGCAUCUUGCUGUAUGCGGCAGGCAAGGAUAUGGGCAAGGAAGCGUUCUACUCGGCCGACGGCGACUUUCUGAUCGUACCUCAGCAUGGAUUGCUGGACAUCCAAACGGAGCUUGGCCGGAUCCUGCUUCGUCCGAACGAGAUCUGCGUGAUUCCUCGUGGUGUUCGAUACCGUGUGACUCUUCCCGAGGGCCCCGUGCGUGGCUACAUUUGCGAGCUAUAUCAAGGCCAUUUCCAGCUCCCCGAGCUCGGUCCUAUCGGAUCCAAUUGUCUCGCCAACGCACGCGACUUCCAAGCACCCGUGGCUGCUUUCGACGACGAAGAGGAGCGCAGUGAGUACCGGUUGUAUAGCAAGUUUAACAACACACUGUUCUCCGCGCGCCAGGACCACACGCCCUUCGACAUUGUCGCCUGGCACGGCAACUACUACCCGUUCAAGUACGACCUGGGCCGGUUCAACACGAUCGGGUCUGUCUCAUUCGACCACCCCGAUCCCUCGAUCUACACGGUGUUGACCGGUCCAUCGGACCACGUCGGCACUGCCAUCGCAGACUUUGUCAUUUUCCCACCUCGCUGGCUUGUCGCCGAGGGAACUUUCCGUCCGCCGUGGUACCACCGCAACACUAUGUCAGAGUUCAUGGGUCUCAUUUGUGGGAACUACGAUGCAAAGACGGGCGGUGGAUUCCAGCCUGCUGGCGCCAGUUUGCACAACGUGAUGAGUGCACACGGGCCGGACUCGGAUGCAUUUGAGGGAGCUAGCAAUGCCGAGCUGAAGCCUCAGAAGGUUGGUGAUGGCAGUAUGGCUUUUAUGUUUGAGAGCUCUCUCAUGGUCGGAGUCUCAGAAUGGGGCCUCAAGACCUGCAAGAAGGUACAGGAAGAGUAUAACGAACACAGCUGGAAGCCCUUGAAGCGGCACUUCCAGAACCCGAACAAGAAGGCCUGA